AAGGGUCUCCCUGGCGAUCCGAGGUGUGCUGCUGCCGCUGCUGCCGCCGCCGCCGCGGAACCGGUGCUGCGGCGACGCCCGCGUCCCUGCUGUCUUCCUCGGGUUCCCCGGGGCUUGACCCCCGGGGCCCUCGGCAGGCGUCGGUGAAGAGCCUGCGGAGCUAACCUGUGCUCCCGUACCCGCCUUCCACGACCUCAUAUCGCGACUCCGAGGAGGGGGAGCGAGAGGAGCUGUCGCGACUCCGCGCCGUGUGUCGCCGGGCGGGGCCGCGGGGCCGGGGCUCCUCCAGCCCCCGGGAUGCGCGCGCGAGCCCUCGCCUCCACUUCCUUGUUGCCGCUGUCACGACUGGAGCCGCUUCUCGCCGACAGCGGGGAGCGCGAGUGCGCCGGCCAGCCCCCUCGUCGAGCCCUCGGGCCGGACGCCUCCGGGAAUGUGAGCCGCGCGGCGUGCACGCUCCUCCGGCCAUGGAUGCAUCAUAUGAUGGUACUGAGGUAACUGUCGUGAUGGAGGAAAUUGAGGAAGCCUACUGUUAUACCUCUCCUGGGCCACCCAAGAAGAAGAAAAAGUACAAAAUACAUGGAGAAAAGGCCAAGAAACCCAGGUCGGCUUACCUUCUCUACUAUUACGACAUCUACUUGAAAGUGCAGCAGGAGCUCCCCCACCUCCCUCAAUCCGAGAUCAAUAAGAAGAUUAGUGAAAGUUGGAGGCUCCUGAGUGUGGCUGAGAGGAGUUAUUAUCUGGAGAAAGCCAAACUAGAGAAAGAAGGUUUGGAUCCUAACUCUAAGCUCUCUGCACUGACUGCUGUGGUUCCGGACAUCCCAGGUUUCCGCAAGAUCCUCCCCCGCUCAGAUUACAUCAUCAUCCCCAAGAGCAGCCUACAGGAGGAUCGGAACUGCCCUCAGCUAGAGCUUUGUGUGGCCCAGAACCAGAUAUCCCCUAAAGGGCCAUCUCUUGUGUCCAGUGCUGCCCCGGAGGCAGUGCCCAGCCAUGCAGGCAUGGCAGAGCAGUGCCUGGCUGUGGAGGCCCUAGCUGAGGAGGUGGGAGCCCUUGCCCAGCCAGGUGCUGUACAAGAGAUCGCUACCUCAGAGAUCCUCAGCCAGGAUGUGCUCCUGGAGGAGGCUUCCCUGGAGGUAGGAGAGAGCCACCAACCGUACCAGACAAGCCUGGUGAUUGAAGAGACCUUAGUGAACGGCUCACCAGACCUCCCCACCGGAAGCCUGGCUGUGCCCCACCCCCAGGUUGGGGAGAGCAUGUCAGUGGUAACUGUCAUGAGGGAUCCCAGUGAGAGUAGCUCCUCUGCGCCAGCCACGCAGUUCAUCAUGUUGCCUCUUCCUGCCUACUCAGUUGUGGAGAACCCCACCUCCAUCAAACUGACCACUACAUACACCCGCCGGGGCCAUGGGACAUGCACCAGCCCAGGUUGCUCCUUUACCUAUGUCACCAGGCACAAACCACCCAAGUGCCCUAUCUGUGGUAACUUCCUAGGAGGGAAGUGGAUCCCAAAGGAAAAGCCAGCCAAAGUCAAAGUGGAAUUGGCUCCUGGUGUCUCCUCCAAAGGUUCGGUGGUUAAAAGAAAUCAGCAGCCUGUCACCACUGAGCAAAACUCCUCUAAGGAAAAUGCCUCCAAACUGACUCUGGAGAACUCAGAAGCUGUAAGCCAGCUCCUAAGUGUAGCUCCUCCGAGAGAAGUGGGUGAGGAGAAUGAGUGGGAGGAAGUGAUCAUCUCAGAUGCCCAUGUUUUGGUCAAGGAAGCUCCUGGGAAUCGUGGUACGGCAGCCACGAAGACGCCGGUGGUCAAGAAUGGUGUGCCGCCUGAGGUCUCUCUGGGGACAACUGAGAAUGACAGUCCAGGACCAGACAUACCACCACCAGCUGAGAGGACCAGCACCUCCAGUCCUCUCCCUGCUCCCAAAAAGCCUGCAGGAGUUGACCCGCUCACCCCUGGGCUCAGAGCCCCUGAGCUUAAGGGCAAAGCUCGGGGCAAGCCCUCAUUACUGGCUGCGGCAAGACCCAUGAGAGCAAUUCUCCCAGCCCCAUCUAAUGUGGGCCGAGGCAACAGCAUGGGACUGUCCAGGGCCAGGCAGGCCUUUCCCCUGAGUGAUAAAACCCCCUCUGUGAGGACUUGUGGCCUGAAGCCAAGCACGCUGAAGCAGCUGGGCCAGCCAAUCCAGCAGUCAUCACACAGCAGUGAAGUGAAGCUAACAAAUGGCCCGGGCAGUCGGACGUCACAAGUAAAAGUUGUAGAAGUCAAGCCUGAUCUGUUUCCUCCAUACAAGUACAGCUGCACUGUAACGCUGGAUUUGGGCCUCGCUACUUCAAGAGGCCGGGGAAAGUGCAAGAAUCCCUCUUGUAACUACGUCUACACCAACCGACAUAAACCGCGGAUUUGUCCCAGCUGUGGUUUUAACCUUGCUAAAGACCGGACUGAGAAAACCACCAAGGCUCUUGAGGUCAGCUCACCGCUCCCAGAUGUGCUGAGUGCCACAGAGCCCCUGAGCCUGGCCCAGAGGGAGGUGCAGCGCCAGUCCACUCUGCAGCUGCUGCGCAAAGUCCUGCAGAUUCCUGAGAACGAGUCUGAGCUGGCUGAGGUCUUCGCCUUGAUUCACGAACUCAACAGCUCUCGACUCAUUCUGUCCAACGUGAGUGAAGAGACGGUCACCAUCGAGCAGACCUCUUGGUCGAAUUAUUAUGAGUCUCCGUCCACGCAGUGCCUACUCUGUAGCAGCCCAUUAUUCAAAGGGGGACAAAACUCCCUGGCCGGGCCCCAGGAGUGCUGGCUGCUGACAGCCAGCCGGCUACAGGUGGUGACUGCCCAGGUGAAGAUGUGUCUGAACCCUCAUUGUCUGGCCCUGCACAGCUUCACGGACAUCUAUGCAGGUCUCUUUAAUGUGGGGAACAAGCUACUAGUGAGCCUGGACUUGCUCUUUGCAAUCCGAAACCAGAUCAAGUUGGGGGAGGACCCCAGAGUGUCCAUCAGCACUGUUCUGAAGUCAGUGCAGGAGCAGACAGAAAAGACCCUGACCUUGGAGGAGCUGAGCCAGCUGCAGGAGCUGCUGUGCAAUGGCUAUUGGGCUUUCGAGUGCCUCACUGUCCGAGACUACAAUGACAUGAUCUGUGGCAUCUGUGGUGUGGCUCCCAAAGUGGAAAUGGCCCAGAGGAAUGAAGAAAAUGUGUUGGCACUGAAGAGUGUGGAAUUCACCUGGCCCGAGUUCUUGGGCCCUAGUGAGGUAAACGUGGAGGACUUUUGGGCCACAAUGGAGACAGAGGUGAUUGAGCAGGUGGCCUUCCCUGCCAGCAUCCCUAUCACCAAGUUUGAUGCGUCUGUUAUUGCCCCCUUCUUUCCACCGCUCAUGAGAGGAGCUGUGGUCGUCAACACUGAGAAAGACAAAAACCUGGAUGUGCAGCCAGUACCUGGCCAUGGCAGUGCCUUGGUGAGGCUACUCCACGAGGGCACCUGCAAGCUUGAGGAGAUUGGCUCCUACAGUGAGGAGGAGCUACGGCACUUGCUGAGGCAGUGUGGCAUCCCCUUUGGGACAGAAGACUCCAAGGAACAGCUCUGCUUCUCCUUGUUGGCCCUCUAUGAAUCUGUACAGAAUGGAACCAGAGUUAGACAGCCCCCACCUCAUCUCACGGGGGGUAAAAUCUACAAGGUGUGCCCCCAUCAGGUGAUCUGUGGCUCCAAGUAUCUCGUGCGGGGCGAAAGUGCCCGCGACCAUGUGGAUCUGCUGGUCUCUUCCCGCCAUUGGCCACCUGUCUACGUGGUAGACAUGGCCACACCAGUGGCCCUGUGUGCUGACCUCUGCUACCCAGAGCUGACCAACCAGAUGUGGGGGAGGAACCAGGGCUGCUUCUCUAGUCCUGCGGAGCCACCUGUGAGCGUAUCCUGCCCAGAGCUCUUGGACCAGCAUUAUACUGUGGACGUGAUGGAGGCUGAGCACUCCGUCCAGCACCCGGCCACCAAGACUGCCGCACGGCACAUCGUCCAUAUAGACACACAGUCCAGUCUUGGUGACCCCAGUACCGGGCACCACUCUUCAGCCCUGUGCCCUGAGUUAGCACCCUAUGCAGCCAUCCUGGCCUCCAUUGCAGACAGCAAACCAAACAGUGUCCGCCAGCGGCCCAUUGCCUUUGACAAUGCCACCCACUAUUACCUCUACAACCGCCUCAUGGACUUCCUCACCAGCCGCGAAAUCGUCAACCGGCAGAUCCAUGACAUCGUGCAGAGCUGCCAGCCUGGCGAGGUGGUCAUCCGCGACACCCUCUACCGCCUUGGGGUUGCUCAGAUCAAGACAGAGGCUGAGGAAGAGGGUGAGGAAGAGGAGGUGGCUGCAGUGACAGUAUAAGCCAGGCUCUUGCACCGGGACUGGGACUGCACCAUCUCAAGCCAUAGUGAGGCCCUUGCCCGAGGCAGAUCCAUCCAGGGAACCAGCAGGAAUGUUCACCUUUGGGGAGGCCUCUGAUGCUGGGACUGACCAAAGAGCUUCCCUUUCCUGAGCAUGGUGGGGCACAGGAGCCAUGGUUCUCAAUCUCCCGGGGGUCAGGAGAAGCACCAGGACACUCCUUACUAGCCCCAGAGAGCACUUAGGGGAUAUAGGAUGUUCAACAGAGGGGAACGGAGGCUGAGGGAAUGCUGGUAGCGGAUGGCUUCCCUGGGGCCUGCUGCGGGUCCGGGUCGAGGUCCUGGGGUGGGCUGAAGCGGAGUCCGGCCUUCCGGGGGGGAAGGCCACUGAGGUAGCUCUUCCCACCCCAGGGAACGCUCUUUCCAGCCCCUGUGGCCACACAACUUCCUUUUAGCCUGUUGCCUUUGACUUGGGGGCCUUUGGGGCCUCAUUAGCUCUAGGGGUCCCUUUGGGCUCUUGAUUUUCCCAGAGGGGGGAUGCAUUUCCUUCCUACUCUUCCUGCACCCAGAUCUGGGGGAAGCUGAGGAAGGAGAAACAGCCACCGCUCUCUUCCAGGACUGUCUUCUCUGCCCUGAGCUUUAAGGAAGAGGACCCCCUUCCUCCUUUCCCUGGCCACUGCUGCUGCACCCCACAUCCUUUCUGGGCCCUGGAUCCUCACCACAGAAGGGAUGUGGCCCACUGGCAUGACAUAACCUGGCGGCAGUAGGAAAAACUCCCUUCUGUGAAGGGGAAGCAGACUGGGCCAUAAGGAAACAGCGGGACUGGCUCAAGUGCCUAAGGUUUGCUUAGGGCACGGGAAUUGGCCGUGUGUUAUUUAAUUUAUUGAGAGGAGUGGAGUAGGUGGCUUUUUUCCCCUUCUUCCCCUGCCAAGAAUAAAAUUUAUUAAAUUA